AUGGUGAAUCACGGAGCUUCAAAAGGCUGCCUGACCUGUAAACAGAGGCGGGUCAAAUGCGAUGAGGGCAAGCCGGGCUGCCAGAGAUGUUUUCGCAGGGGGAGAGAAUGCGGCGGCUACGAGAAGCCUCCCGCCACUCUGAAGUUCAAGCCGCAGACCUUCAGCUACACUCGCCCUGGACGCCGCGCCCACAUCAUCGACAAGGCCGCCGCCAAAGAGAGCAGCGACUCCAGCCCGCCAAUCUCCCAGACCCCGAGCCCGCCGGUUGUCGAAUGCGCGCUCGCCUUCUUUCUCGGCAACUUUGCGGGAAAAGGCCGCAGCUUCGCGUCCUCUCGCGGCUUCUUUGAGCUGCUCGCGCCGGCGUUGGCAAAGGAGCCCCAAGACUCGGCCUUGUCGCUGGCCCUUUGUGCCCUGUCGACCAAGGUCCUGAGGAUGUGGCAAGAAGACCCGAGAUCCUUCAACAAGCCGCACAAACCACUGGCCCAUGCUUUUGCACGCCUGAGAACCGCCAUUGCUGACCCGAAUGAGAGCAGAAGCCAGUCGACCGUGCUGGCCGCUCUGGUCUUCCAAUUCCACGAGAAUCUGAAUGCUGUCUUCAGUAUGCAGAAGGCCCAGCGGACGCACCACGAUGGAGCUGUCGCGUUGAUGAACCAGCACGGGGCGCUGCUGCUCUCUACACCGUAUGGCCGUCAUAUGGUGCGCUACCUCAUGUUCGUCGAGAUUGCCGCGGCCAUCCGGGAAAAGCGGCCGUUCCCCACGAGUGUGCUGUCGAUUCCGGAAAUCGCGAAUACCCCAGGGAACCCCAGCGCCGCACUCGAUCUCAUUGGAAUUGCGGUCGCAAACGUGCAGCACCGCGUCAUCUCCUUUGUUGAGCGGCUUGCCCUGGAGCCUUUGUUGGAGCAGGAUCUGGAGCUCAUCCUGAUGCAGCUGGACAACAUCCAGAUCAGACUCCUGGACUGGAGAAAGACCGUUUUCAAGGCGUGGCAUCCAAUAUAUGUUUCAAAGGUUAGGGAGACGAACCCUCCGAUAAUCUCAUACCUGGGUGACUGCGAUAUCUAUCCCGAUGUGCAAAUCUCCUCUAUCUGGAGUAAUUGGCGGAGCUACCGCGUCGUACUCUUCAAAGCGGCGCUCAUACUGCUGAGCCAGCUUCCCAGAAUUAACCCCCAAGUUGUGCAGGUUGCGUGCGGCGAGCCGCAAGAUAUACAAGACUUGGAACAAACUACGAGGCGGUCGAUCCAGGAGACGUUCGACGCCAUUUGCCGGGUCGUCCCGUUCUGCAUGGGUAACCGCACCAGGACGGCAGGCAUACAAGAUCUGGCAGCACUCGACCUGCAUUUCCCAAGUUACCACGACCCGGGGACAUGUGACCCGUCAGCUCUUGAACAGUGGCCCAAGGAUGAAUUGCUUUCCCUGGCGGAUCAUCUCGGGCAUAUCAAGUCGCUGGGUGCAUGGCAUGCUCUGACGCCGCUGAGUUUCAUGCUGAGCAUGUGCAACGACGAGUACGGCUCGCUUGUGGCCGAGUCCCUGAGGCCGGGGCAGCUACAGUGGAUUCGCAAGGAGCUCGCCCGCGCGGCUCUGGUGCUCAACAUGCGGAAGCCUGCUCACAGCCCUACACCAGCCCAGCCCUCGCCUCCAGGGCAAAGCGGCACGGUUGGCGCAACACCUUCCCCUCUAACGGAGGUGGAGCUAGGCAGCAGCCGGGCAGGCGAUGCUGAUGACAAUGUCGUCAAGCGGUACAAGAUGUCUGCUGAUGAGGUGGAACGGUUACGGGGUUCGCUGAGAUUGUCGGGCGGCGCAUAG